GACUGAGCUGGAGGACCGGGUAUGAAGCAAUUGUGAUCAAAUCCGCUGUCAAACGUUCGAAUGAACGAUACAAUUGAACGAGUCACCUGGAAAAAGGAUUCGUGAGUCCCAAAUCACCUAAAAGAUUCAUUAAAAAUGAAUCAAUCUUUCGCGAACUGCAAAUCACUACUACACACAGACUUUGUGAUGGUGGAGGCUGGACAGCGAUUGAUGGAGACGGCUAGUCUCAGUUGGAACCAUUUCAUUCGAUACCCAGUCUGUUCCCAUGUUUAUAUGUAUUUUUUGCAGACGUGCAACAUUUAGUCUGCUAUAUUGUUGCUGACACAUCUGCUUUAUUUCUUUUUUAAUGGAUGUCCGAAUAUCCGUGGCCGGAGGUGGUACAACUCCGGCUGACGUUAGAUCGAAUUUGCAAAGACCUAGUUCAGGUAACGGUAGAAGGAUGUCAUCGAAAAAAACGCGUUCGAAAAAAGGGAAAAGAAGAAAGAGACGGAGGAGUAAAAAGACGAAAAUCAACAAAACACCACCAUAUUUACCGCCGGAGUCCUGUGAUGUCAGAUUCGCCGUUAUGGGCUUGCCUUGUUGCAACAACUCCACAGCCGGUCGAGAAAGUCAAAGAUUGAAGCACAUCUCACCAAGCCAUUCUUACCGUAUUGAUCGCUCAACCAGAACGUUAUCACAAACACUUGAGAUGAACACAUUCCCCAGCAGACAAGCACAGUUGAGCUCACAGGUGCUUGUCUUACGAAAAGGAGUCACUAGAGCACAACGCGAAAAGACUUCCCUGUCCGACAUCCACCAUUCAACCACUGCCAGCGCUGAGCCAAUUUGAGCUGCUCCAUGCUGGACACCCUGGCAUUCUCGGCUGAAGAGGGAAACAUUGAAUAUAAGCUGAAGUUGGUAAACCCCACGCAAUGCCGCUUUGAGCACCUGGCCACCCAGUUAAAAUGGCGUCUUCAAGAGGGACGGGGUGAAGCAGUUUAUCAGAUUGGGGUAGAAGACAACGGCCUGCUAGUUGGACUGUCGGAGGGAGACAUGAGAGCUUCCUUGAAAACCCUACGCAGGAUGGCAGAGAAGGUUGGUGCUGACAUCACACUUCUGAGAGAAAGAGAGGUGGAUUACGACUUGGAUGGAAACUGCAGAAAAAUUGCAGAGGUUCUUGUUCGGAAAGUUCCGGACGACCAACAGUUCUUGGACCUUCGUGUGGCGGUGUUGGGAAACGUGGACUCUGGGAAGUCCACUCUGUUGGGUGUACUGACCCAAGGAGAACUGGAUAAUGGUCGAGGCCGGGCACGCCUUAACCUCUUCAGGCACCUUCAUGAAAUCCAGACUGGCCGAACAUCCAGCAUCAGCUUUGAGAUUUUGGGCUUCAAUAGCAAAGGGGAGGUGGUAAACUACAGUGACUCCCGUACAGCUGAGGAGAUUUGCGAGAGCUCAUCAAAGAUGAUCACCUUUAUUGACCUGGCCGGCCACCACAAGUACCUGAAGACCACCAUCUUUGGCCUCACCAGCUACUGCCCUGACUUUGCCAUGCUGGUGGUCAGCGCCAACACAGGAAUAGUUGGUACCACUCGGGAACACCUGGGCCUGGCCAUGGCACUGAAGGUGCCCAUCUUUAUUGUUGUCAGCAAGGUUGACCUAUGCGCCAGGGGCACAGUGGAACGUACGGUUCGCCAGCUGGAGCAUGUCCUCAAGUUGCCCGGUUGUAACAAGGUGCCGAUGGUGGUUGCCUGCCCAGACGAUGCCGUCACAGCCGCUCAACAAUUUGCUCAGUCCUCCAGCAUCACACCUAUCUUCACCCUGUCCAGCGUGUCCGGGGAUAACCUAGACCUGGUCAAGGUCUUCUUCAACAUCCUACCUCCUCUAAGCAAUAGCAAGGAGCAGGAGGAGCUCAUGCAGCAGCUCACUGAGUUCCAGGUAGAUGAGAUCUACACAGUGCCAGAUGUGGGGACAGUGGUGGGAGGAACUCUCUACAGUGGGGUGUGCUGCGAGGGCGAAAGGCUAGUGGUUGGCCCCACGGAUGAGGGACGCUUCCUGAAGCUGAAGGUGGGCAGCAUCCAGAGGAACCGCUCAGCCUGCAGGGUGUUGAGAGCAGGCCAAGCUGCCACAUUGGCCCUGGGCAACUUUGACCGUUCGCUUCUCCGGAAGGGUAUGGUGAUGGUCAGCCCGAAGAUGAACCCCACUAUCUGCUGGCAGUUUGAGGCAGCCAUUGUCCUUCUCUUUCACGCCAAGACAUUCCGUCGGGGUUUCCAAGUGACUGUUCAUGUGGGGAACAUACGACAGACAGCCACUGUGGAUUGCCUCCAUGGAAAAGAGGAGCUUCGCACAGGCGAGAGGGCCGUCGUCUGUUUCCGCUUCAUCAAACACCCCGAGUAUCUCCGCAUGGGCGCCAAGCUGCUCUUCAGGGAGGGUGUGACCAAGGGCAUUGGCCACGUCACCAGCCUUCUGCCCAACUCACACGACCAGAACCACACCCAUGACCAAAACCAGAGGAAGAUGGACGGAUAGAGACGGGAAAAGUGGAAAGCAGAGAAAAGAGAGGGAAGGAGAGGAAAUAAGGAGGGAAGGGUCAAGUUUGUUUGAACUGAAGGUGUCCCUCCUUAUUUCCUCUCCUUCGCACCUCAUCAUGGUAGAUUGGUAUACAACCACACACUGGUAUUUUAUCCCCAUUUGUUUGUAUCUAAGUGUGUCCUUACAGAAUCCUUAUUGAAAUUCUUGAUACUUCUUUGUGGUGAAUCCUGCAGAGGCUUUUUGACAAGGGUGGGUUCAGCAAAAGUUGGCAUCUUAAAAAUCAACCCUGUAUGACUGAAUAAGCUUUCAUUAUUUUGUGCUGCUUCAGAUUACUCAAAGGAACCAUUUCCAUCCCUCUGCUCCAAACACCAUGGGGGUAGUUUUUCAAAAGUUAUCUUCCGGAUAGGGUUAAAUAUACAGAAAUACAAUUAAUAGAAAUGGACAAAUCAUUGACUUGAAUGGGGAUUUUUUCAAUUGGAAUAGUCCAGAAUAUACUUUUAUAAAAUCAUCCCUUGAAGAUCAUUUUAUAACUGAUACGAGAGUUAAAAUGUAUUCUCUCAGUUCUGCUGGACUAGACAAAGUGUGAUAAAUAUACCUUUCAGACACAUAAAGGGAUAGUUUGCUUUUUUGUUUUGUUUUAGCUCAUUGUCAACUUGCCUAUGGACUUGUUUCAUCCUCAGAUGUUUGUUGAUUAUUUAGUAACGUCUAAAAUGUUUAGCAUGUCAAGAGUAUUUAUCAACGGUAGUGGAAACAGGUUGUGUCAAUUAGCAUUGCAUUCACAAGCAAGGGAAAGAUAUGAAAGUGGACCAGGCUUGUGGUCCUCUCGGCAGAAAAAAAAUGCUCUUUGUUCACGCUUUUGAAUUCCAAAUCCCCUCCAUUCUUUUUCAAAACCAGUAUGUGGUUUACCCAUUCUGCACUUCAAUUGCCUUAAUCAGUUGUAAGAAAAGGUGGACUGUGCUGUUUGUUUCGAUAAGUGGUACCACCCUAAACUCCUCUACAUUCAUUUUCUAAAUGUCUAAUUCAACAGUAUAUGUAGGGCGGCAAUAAUCUUGUGGUUUGACUGAUGACGAAGUAAAGGGACAGUUGCGUUGCCGACCUAAUUCUGAAGGAAAUGCACGAGCAAGUAUUUUAAGUAAUGUGAUGUUUUUGAUAGUAGCGUUUUUUUUACCCUAAUAUGUCAGCCCAUUAAACCCAAUGUUGUGUAUAUGAAAGUUUCUGGCUUGUCCCUAUACUAGGCAACUUAGUACAGCUAGAUGUUAAGAGUCUGCAUGCUCAUUAGUAAUUUUCGAUAAAUAGAAUCAGCCUAAAUGGAAUCCUAAAUAUUUAUUUUUCUCUUUACUCCCAAAUACUUUGAGGUUGCGUGCAAUUAUGAAUAAAGAAUUGAAUGUAGUAUUAUACAGAUAGCAUUUUGAUGCACUAAAGUAUUGAUUCUUGAUUUUGCACUUUGUUAAAUGCUUCUGCAUGAAAGGGAGGUCGCAGUUGGAGACAUUGAGGCGUGCAGUUUUUUUAAUUAACCAAGUAGUGAAACUCCUGAAACAAUUUGUAUGGAGGUUUUAAAGUUGGUGACACCUGAUGCAUACAGUUUAUUCAAGCAGCAGUAGACCUUUAAAGUAUGUUAUGUUUAUGGUCAUAGGAAUUAUAGAAAUGUAAUGCAGAAAGCAUGCUGAGCUCUUAUAAAUACAAAAUAACAAAAUUAUGUUUUUAUUUUAUUAGUUGAGAAGUGGCAGUUUUUGCAGUAUCUGUAUGCAUUGUAUUAAGGUUGUGUAAAUAAGAUUAAACAUGUAUUAUUGUGAUUUUAAUUCAUAGACACAUUGCUCCAACAACAAAAUAUUUGUGCAAAUGUUUUUAUUUUGUUUCUAAGAGCUAAACCUAUUUGUCUUGAUAGUCAACACAGAUUUUUCACAAAACACAUUUAGGCUGCAACUCAUAGAAACCCACCAUAGCAAAGUAUAGGACUUGACUUAAUUUACAAUUAACUUCCCACAGCUAAACUUAUUUCUGAAAGGCUUACCAGUGUGUGGGGUUAAUUGUGGUAGGUUUUUAUACAGAACCAAAUACUAAGCUCCGAGUUCAUUUUACCAUUCAGGAAAGAUCUACAUAACUACUGCACUGCGGGUCCGACUGAAUUGCACCCUUAAUGUGAUUUUUGCACUUUAACUGAAAGCAACGUUAUAUAAUUGUCAGUGGUUUAAAUUUCUCCCAACACUUUUUGGGCUUUAAUGUACACGCUAAGCAUAAAUAAAAUAUAAAAGGUC